GAUCCUUGACACACAUAACCUGACUGGACACCUUGAGUUGUAGUCGCAAAGUUGUUCGAAAAGAUGGCUCGUUUCGUGUUGUUCGCUACGGUUCAGUUGUGCGUGAUCCUGCUAUGCCAGGGGAGGACCAUGGACCGCUGCCAGAUAGCUCGUGAGCUCAAUAACCAUGGGUUCCCGCGGCAUCAAUUGGCUGAUUGGGUGUGCCUAGUAGAGGCGGAGAGUUCAGGACGCACCGAGGUGGUCGGUGGGCCUAACACGGACGGCUCGCACGACCACGGCCUGUUCCAGAUCAACGACCGCUACUGGUGCGAGAAUGGCCCCAACCCUGGCAAGGAGUGCAACGUGAGGUGCAGUGAUAUCACGCAAGACGACAUCAGCGCAGCAGUGGGAUGCGCCAAGAAGAUCUUUGGGCAGCGCGGCUUCCAAGCGUGGGUGGCGUGGGUCAACAAGUGCCAGGGCAAAGCCCUACCCGACCUGGGCUCAUGCGGCUUGUAAAUACCCGCCAUUCUGUCCAUAGAGUCACACAGUUUGCAAGAAAGGAUUUUUUCCUGGCGGCUUGGUGACUGGAAUUGAACCGUCACCGGUACAGACUGAGACGAUGGUGAAUUGUCUGCACGUGAAAAAGAGGUUGUCCGGCUUGCAGAAAUUUAUAUAAG